CUCUGUAUUCACCUCAUAAGACACCUCGCCACCAUGGAAGACGGAAAGAACGCCAACCCCCUAAUCCUCAACCCUCUCGAUCUCCCCACGAGACGACGGCGACCAUCAGGCAAAGAUGACCAUGCAAAUGGCAUCUCUGCUUUCGCAUAUCCCCCUCCAUCCUUCAGCAACGAUCCUUUCGCACGCUCCGCAAGCCCAUCGUCGUCCUCGUUGCAAGACUCCGACAGCGACGCAGAAGACGAACCCAUUGAUACACAGGAGAUCUACGAUCUCAUCUCCACCAUGUCCGAUCCAGAGCAUCCCAUCACACUCGGUUCCCUCGCUGUCGUCUCGCUACCCGACAUCUCCAUCAAACCCACACUCUCCUCUCGACCAAAUUCUGACCUUCGCACCGUCACCGUCCUCAUCACUCCCACCAUCCAACACUGCAGCUUGGCCACCGUCAUCGGUUUAGGUGUGAGAGUUCGCCUAGAGGAAUCCUUACCUCCCCGAUUUAGAGUCGAUGUCAGGAUCAAAGAGGGAACCCAUUCCACCGCCGACGAAGUAAACAAGCAGUUGGCAGAUAAGGAAAGAGUUGCUGCUGCCUUGUGGAAUCCAACAUUGCAGAGCUUUAUCAAGAAGAUGCUCGAGACUUGUGAGUGAGCAUCCGACAAAGACGUUGCUUGUCAAACAAAUAAAGAAUGCCGAGACGCACUUCAAGAAGCCAGCCUCAUCUGAGCAAACCAAAAUGAUCAACCUCUACACCUCGAUGUCACCAUCAGUCAAGCUAUCGACAGCACCUCCACUGGCCAAACACUCUAGGAUGUCCAGCUCGUCGCUCAACGAAUUCCAGUCGUGAUCAGCCUCGAAACACCCGACCAGACUGACAGUUCACUGCAAGGUGCGGAAAUAUUAUUACCAAAGAAUGUGGUGCGAGAUAUCGAUCAGAAUCGAUCCCGCGAGUAGUCCACUUGUCUUCUGCGUUCACUUCACAUCAACUACAUAUGAAUCUUGCUGGCUGGCAGCCUAUCGAACUUGUUCGUCACCAAGAUCAAACGAAGGACAAGACUCGAGCGACGGUUCAUCAUUUGAACCAGCUCCUUUAACGCCUACCCAGUCAGCGCCUACCCAGUCAGCGCUGGACUUGGGGCCUUGACUCUCGAACUCUGUUCCCUGUUCUAUGACCCUGGGAAUCACUCGGUUGGCCAUUAAUACCUCCAACCACAAAGGCUGUCGCUGUCCUAGCGGCAGCACCCCUGCACACAGUCGCUGUUACGAUACUUCUAUCACCAGGUAUCUUUAUGUGUUCAUUCACAUGACUUCGACCUGAAAUAACGCAUCGCGACCAAUUACUGCUUGAAAACAGGGCAUUUGAGUUGUCACUACCAAAUUUCCUGUAUGAAACUACACACAUAUCUCCCGUGACAGAAAUAUAAAGAUGAAAUCAUAUGCCUAUUCCAAUACAAAACAAUACAUUGCAGUUUCAACGGGCCCCUUUUCGUCUUUGGUCAAUGUCACUUGCACUGGCC